AAUAAAAUAUUGAAAAUGUAUUGUAUUUUUAUUGAUGUGAACAUUUUUAUUUCAGAUUUCAAAAUGGCGAACAUGAUCCAGAAUUACGCUAUGCAGGAGAGGGCCCGGAAAGAAAAUAUGAACAGGGAUAUUGAACUGUAUAAUCAAAUUGUACAUAAUCAGCCACCUCAUGAACGGAAAGAUGUUCCUAUGCUUAGACGCCUUGCUUCAUCCAAGGAAUAUCAGAGAGGAAGAUUCCACCAGCAAAAGAAGAAAAUAAUUAAAAGAAAGAAGAAAAAAGUUGAUCCUAUUGUUUUUAUUCCAACUAGGAUAGAAGAGGCUCCCAUGAGACGUCAAGAUAGAAGAACUUUAAACGCAUUAAACCGACGGAGAUCAGAUAGACAUCUUGUUUACUGCAUUUCCUGUACAGUUGUACUUCUAUUAGCGGCUUGUAUAUCUUCCAUUGUAUUUUGGUACUUGUACAGAAAAGAUUAUGGUGGAAUAGCUCCUCUAAUUGUGGUUGGACCGGUGCUCGGAGGGUCUGCAAUAUUUCUUCUAAUUACGCUUCUAGAAGUCGCUGUCAGGUUGUAUCAGCAAACUGCCAGGGUGAUGGAUAAAAGUUUACUCAAUAUACAAAAUCUCCACGAUGUUAAACAUUGGAUAGAACCAAACUUGGUUGGGUUUGGUUGGGGCCACUUUGAUAUGGAGGAGGAGGGGAGGACGAUGGAUGAACAAAAACUGAGGAUCAACAAACCUCCGAUAGAAAAAUUUGUUUAAGGCAGAAAAAUAAGUUUAAUGCACGAGGUCCAUAAGCACGAGAAAGGCCUCUCUUAAAAAGAAAUGUUGUUAUUUUCCGUUAUGAAUUUCAAAAAUGUUUGUACAUGCAAUUUUUUUGAAUAUUCAUAAUUUUACCCUUCAAAAAGCGUCGAUUAUCGAAGUUCAGAAUAUGUUUUUUACGUCACUGUCUGUUAUAGGGCAAUUCUUUGAAAACAAAUUCUGUAUUAUUUUAUUUACAAGUAUUUCAUACCUGAUGAGCUACUGUACCGUUUUUUGUAUAAUCUUUAUAAUCUAUGAAUACAUAGCAAAAUUUUUUUUAUGGUGUCAUAUUUUCUACCUAUUUAAGAGCAAAUUAAGUUUCUUAAGAAUUAUCAAAAAAUUAUCACUCUUAACAAGGAGACUCCCAUUAACGUCUCGUUGGAGACCCUCAUAUUUUCAUUGGAGACCUCAAGAUUCUUGUUGGAGACCCUCACAUUUUCAUUGGAGACCCCCAUAUUUCCACUGGAGACCUCCAGAUUCUUGUUGAAGACCCUCAUAUUUUCAUAGGAAUUCUCCAGAUUAUCAUUGAAGACCCCUAUAUUUGUUGAUUACCACCAAAUGGGGGGUUUCCAACGAAAAUCUAGGGUCUUCAAUGAAAAUCUGGGGGUCUACGAACAUAUGUGCAGAACAACGAGGUUAUAGUGUAUAGAGU